AUGGGGUGCCUCCCCAGGGGGCACCACGACCCCAGGGGUACGGGACACCUCCUUCCCAGGGAUACGGGGCGUCACCGACCCCAGGGGUACGGGGCGCCUCCCCAGAGGUACGGGAGUCCUCCCCAGGGGUACGGGGCGCCACCCCAGCCUGGGUACGGAGCACCACCACCCCAGGGGGCACCACCUCCCCAAGGGUACGGGGCGCCACCUCCCCAGGGGGCACCACCUCCCCAGGGGUACGGGGCACCACCACCCCAGGGGUACGGGGCACCACCACCCCAGGGGUACGGGGCACCUCCACAACAGGGGUACGGGAGUCCACCCCAGGGGUACGGGGAACCACAUCUCCCGGGGUCUGUGCCCCAGGGGUACGGCCCCCCACCCCAGGCGUACGGCCCCCCACCCCCGGCCGGCCAGCAACAGCAGCAGACCACCGUGGUGAUGGCCCAACCCCAGCCGCAAACGGUCGUCGUACAGAACGAACGGUACGGAGUACAACUUUUCCUCACAUGUGUGAGAGAGUGA